UUGAAGAGGAAAGGUACAGAUAGCUAGAAACUGCCAGAUUAGAUCCAUGUAUUGUUCUUGGGUUGUUAUUCCCAAUCACAACAUGCUCUGCAUUAAAAACACGAGACACAUCUCACAUCAACCAACUUGAAUUGGGUGCACUAAAUGCAAAGUCUUCCAAGCAAUUAGUUGGUUCUGGUGUUUCCAACUCAUGAAGUUGUGCUGGAGAGUUGAAAGAAAGACAGAGUCCUUGUUGGGAGAAGGAUGGCGGUAUCAGGAAAGCAAAUGGAAGAAAUGGAAGAUGGGAUUUACUAAGACUUUUCAGAAACAGAUUGAAUCUCUGAAGUUAUGUUUUUAUGUCCCUUGACAUGUUGCAGUUGCUGAAACUAGAAAUCCCAUGGAAGGUUUUAGAAAGGGGAAAAAUGAGAAGUAGAGUUGAAUUUCAUCUUAUGCUUGUUCACAAUGAACUCUCAGCCUAACAAUGUCGGUGCUAGUAAUGACGGCAGUCCCACCAAAGUUACAGCUACUUGGAACAGGAUUGUUUUGAUAGUAGCUAAUGAAGGCGUAGGAGGGAGGCAUGAUCAUGAAUGAUGUUUGGGUUGAAUUGGUGAGCAAUCAGUUCCACCAAAGCCACAUGCAUAGUCUACGGCAACUAGCAAUGCAGCUGCUAGCCCCUGAAGAUGGUGGAGACGUUCUUUUAGGAGAAUCCAUGGCCGGAGAAUACGUGUCUGAGGUUCAAGUUGGAUUGAUAAAUGGAGAAUCCAUUGCAUCAGCUAGCCCCUGCUGAUGCAAUGGGAUUGGAAAGAAACGGUGACCAUUUUGGGGGACUGAAUUUCUCCUGUGUCCUCUCACUUUGUUGUUCAAGUUCAUAUAAGCCUGAGAUUAAGGACAGUCUUAUUUAAAGGACAACAAUAGAUCUUCCUUUCACUUACAUAUCCCUUCCCAAAUACACAGCAAGUCCGAGGUAGUUGAAGGAAAUUCAGGUAGAUCAUCACUCCUGACAACAAUGUUAUGGAUAUUCCAAACAGAACCCAAGUACAAAAAGUCCUCAAUUCAGGUGGAACCACCCCAAAACUUCCAAAAUUAAAAUGGUGGAGGUCAAAAUAAUUAUAGAAGGAUACAAUACCCAUGGCCCAUGUGUAUAGAGACUUCUCUUUUUGGGUAGAUGGUGGCCCUGUAUUAGAUUGGUAUUGGAUAACCAAGUUUCUGCCAUGGCCACACCGCAGGGAAGUUCAACACCUUCAGUCCUUCUGUGAGUUCUUCAACCAGAAGACGAGGUAAGAACUAGAACCUAAGAAUCAGAAGUGAAAAAUGUUAACAGCUUAUUGUGGGCUUCCUUCACUUUCACCAAUUUCAUCAUCAAAAUUGAGCCUCUUCGACCAACCUUACCUUUCAAUGGUCGAUAAAAAUUGCACCACCAUGAGAGACCUGCAACAGAUUCACGCCCACCUCAUCAAAUCCGGCAGGGCCAAAGAGUCUUUUGCUGCCAGUCGUGUUUUGGCCUUCUGCGCCUCCCCGCUGGGCAAUAUGGACUACGCAUAUCUGGUUUUUAAGCAAAUGCAAAACCCUAAUAUUUUUUGUUGGAAUACAAUAAUAAGAGGCUUCUCUCAAAGCUCAAACCCUCAAAUGGCUCUCUAUCUUUUCAUCCACAUGUUGGUUUCUUCACAAAUAGAACCGCAUAGAUUGACUUACCCAUCUGUCUUCAAAGCUUACUCUCAACUUGGACUUGCCCAUGACGGAACCCAGCUUCAUGGGAGGGUAGUAAAGCUAGGUAUUCAGUUUGAUCCGUUUAUCAGAAACACAAUCUUGUAUAUGUAUGCUAAUUGUGGGUUUCUGAAUGAAGCUCGUCGAAUAUUUAACCAACUAAUGGAAUUCGAUGUCGUUGCCUGGAAUUCCAUGAUUACGGGUCUGGCUAAAUGCGGUGAAAUUGAUGAGGCGAGGAAGGUGUUCGAUAAAAUGCCUGUUAGAAAUCCAGUCUCUUGGAAUUCAAUGAUUGGUGGGCAUGUGAGAAAUGGGAUGUUCAAAGAAGCCCUGAAGCUGUUUGUCAAAAUGCAAGAACAGAGAAUCCAGCCUAGUGAGUAUACAAUGGUGAGCUUGUUAAAUGCUUCAGCCCAAAUUGGAGCACUCAAGCAAGGGGAAUGGAUUCACGAAUACAUAAAGAAGAACAAUGUAGAGUUGAAUUCCAUUGUCGUUACAGCAAUCAUAGACAUGUACAGCAAAUGUGGUAGCAUAGGGAAGGCCCUCCAAGUGUUUGAGAAAAUACCCAACAGAGCAUUAUCCAGUUGGAACUCCAUGAUCUUUGGGCUGGCAGUGAAUGGGUGCGAAAACGAAGCGGUUAUGUUGUUCAAAAUGCUGGAAUCUUCUUCUAAUCUCAAACCAGAUUCAGUUAGCUUUAUGGCUGUAUUAACAGCCUGCAAUCACAGUGCAAUGGUGGAUGAAGGCAGGGGAUUUUUCUCGCUGAUGACAAACACAUACAGAAUGGAAGCAUCAAUAAAACACUACAAUAUAAUGGUGGACAUGCUCGGCCGGGCUGGGUUUCUGGAAGAAGCAGAGGAGUUGAUAGAAACGAUGCCGAUCGAGGCAGAUUCAAUCAUAUGGGGGUGUCUUCUGUCAGCUUGUAGAACAUAUGGGAACACAGAAAUGGGAAAGAGAGCAGCAGAGAAAGUGAAAGAAUUGGACCCAGAAGAGAGCAUGGGUUAUGUUGUUAUGGCGAAUAUUCAGGCGUCGACCAAUGACUUCGUGGGAGCAAUGGAGGAAAGGGUUUCAAUGAGGAUGAAGAAGGUGAAGAAAGAAGCAGGGUGCAGUGUGAUUGAAGUGGAUGAUGAAGUUCAUGAGUUCAUAGCUGGUGGUGGGAGGAGGCAUCCUAAAGCUCGAGAGAUCUACCUUGUAUUGGAUGAAUUGGGAGUAAUUCUAGGAGAUGAAACAAAUGAAUGGGGAGAUUUAGAGUUCAUCAAUGCACUGCAAAUCUACUCCAAUUGACAUUAAUGAUGAUGAGAUUAAUGUUUGAAGUUUUAAAAAUUGGGUCUUAAGGUUUUUUGAUGACUACUGAGAUGACGUGAGGAUUGGAUCAGCAGCGGAAGAGCAGCAGAGAGAGAGAGUUUUGGAGAAGGAAGUAAAUAAAAAAAAGAAAAUCCCACGUGCCGGGACAACGGUCAAACGCCGGUGCCGGUUGUAGUCACACGUGUCGGGAUAUAGGCCUUUUGUUCUUGGAAACAUUUUAAGUUGGAAAUGUUGACUCUCAAUUUUUUUUCCA